CUUUUUACUCUGCUUACCAUAACAAGAUUCCUCAGGCACCAGGGUUUGCAGAAAGAAACCAGCUUUACCAACUCUUUCAUUAUUUGAAUCACUGGAACCACUUUGGUGGUGGCUACAGAGGAUCUUCAGUAAGGAUUAUGAAGGACCUACUGAAGUAACUGCAUUUAUAGUGAUCUUCAGUCUUAAACUCUAGCCACAUAUUAUCUGUAUACUGACAUAUAUUAAUUAAACCCAAAAUAUUAAGUGGCUAAUUGUUGAAGCGAUUAAACAAUCUUCUAACAUUUUAAUAUCUGUUGUGCAAAAAAUACAGAAUCAGUGUCAAAAUAAUUCUGCCUGGUGUAGUCUGCCAUCACUAACCUGCUCUCAGAAUUAGAAAAAUGGAAUCAGUAUUGUUCAGUUACUGUCACUGAAUGAUACUGCUAUGCAAACAACAUAUGAUUGUUCCACUAAAUGCAGUAGGUUCCUCUGUAUUUUAUCUACAGAUGUCAUGCAGACUGACACACUCUGUACAUCUCCAAAAUGUUGCUGUUCAAUAAUUUGCUCUCUCCUGUUUAACCAACAAUAAAUUUUGGGGUGAUCCAAAGUAUCUGUCCUGACCUUCUGUGUAAAUGAAUAAAAGCUUCUCCCAGUGUUUGUCAGUUUUAAAUUUCCAGUCCUGAAUAAACAAUAUUUAAUGUCAUCUGUAUUUUUUCAGGUUUCAAAUGUCAGACUUGUUAAGGAACAUUAAAUGUGAUAGUAUUUACACAUACACAUUAGCUAACAAUAAAUCAGAAUUAUGCGUAGGGACAAAUUCGUUUACAUGAAUCUACUGGCCUGUCACGUGUCUGUCCUACAUAGGAACCUUCUCGCUUGCCGUACCCGGGGCGGGGUGUGGUUUAGACGCUUGGUUGUGGAGCAUCAUAACAGAGAUGAGCAAUAGUGCUUUGGUUUUUAUAAGUGAACUUAAUAUCACUUGGAGCAUAGUCAUUUUGCACGAUAAUGGUCUUAAGACCAAGUCCAUGUAGUAGCUAUAUGUUAUAAAUGAACAAAUCCAGUCGUUUCCCAGGCUGAUUUCCGUGCAAGACGGUUCAUUUUGCUAGGCUAGCCUUAAAUGUUAAUAUUAGCUUGCUAACUGGUGCAUAACUAAAUCUGCAACAAAGACUCUUUGGAGAUAACAGCCUGACACAAUGGCCUUAUCAGACACAGAGAAUGAAUGUGGCGAAGCAGACGCUGUUGUUAAAAUGUGUGUCUUGGGCGGCUUUAGUGAGAGCAGCGAGGCCAGAGGUCUGAUCACCAGCCUGCCGGAGGCCGAAGGCGACACGGCGACAAGCGAGGCUGUUGUACAGAGGUUUCUGGUCAUAAUGAACAGAUACCAAGAGCAGCCUCAUCUGCUGGACCCACAUCUAGAAUGGAUGCUGAGCCUGAUACUGGAUUUUGUAAGGAGUGAGAAGUCUCCCCCUUCACUGGUGCAUUUAGGCUUCAAGUUUCUCUACAUCAUCUGUAAGGUCAGAGGUUAUAAAAUCUUCAUGCAGCUUUUUCCUCAUGAGGUGGCAGAUGUCCAUCCUGUUUUGGACCUGCUGUCCAGACAGGAUCCCAGAGACUCAGAGACAUGGGAAACCCGCUACAUGCUGUUGUUGUGGCUGUCCAUGGCCUGCCUCAUACCCUUUCACCUUUCUCGUCUGGACGGCCAUCUGGAGUCAGACAGUGGCAAGACCAGGGAGCCCAUCAUGGAUCGCAUUCUAGCUAUUGCAAAGUCUUAUCUAGUUGUCACGGACAGUCCCAGGUAUGCCGCAUCUGUACUGAUAUCAAAGUUCAUGACACGCCCUGAUGUGAAACAGAAGCGCCUUGGAGACUUUUUGGACUGGAGCCUCACCACUAUAUCCCAGACCAAUGGCCAGUCACUGAGAGAUAUCAUGGUGCUGGAUGGUGCAUUGCAGUCUCUGGCAAAGCUUUUCAAACACGGAAAGAGAGAUGACCUCCUGCAGUACGCUCCUACAGUUCUGCAGUGUCUGGAGCAAAAACAUCUACCAGAGAGCAGUGAGGCCAUGCUGAGGAAACUUGGUGUCAAACUAAUCCAGAGGCUUGGCCUCACUUUCCUGAAGCCACGUUUGGCAACUUGGAGGUACCAGAGAGGCAGCCGCUCCCUAGCAGCAAACCUUGCCAUGUCCCAGUCUACUACAGCCACUGAUGAUGUGACUUCUGAAACAGAGAUCCAAGAACAGGAGGAAGACUAUGACAUACCUGAGGAAGUGGAAAUGGUUAUUGAGUAUCUGCUAGUGGGACUGAAAGAUAAGGAAACUAUUGUGCGCUGGUCUGCAGCAAAGGGCAUUGGGAGGGUGACUGGGAGACUUCCCAAGGAGCUGGCAGAUGAGGUUGUUGGAUCAGUGAUGGACUGCUUCAGCUUCCAAGAAACAGAUAAUGCUUGGCAUGGAGGCUGUCUCGCACUGGCUGAACUUGGUCGGAGAGGCCUGCUGCUGCCUUCCAGGCUGACACAUGUUGUGCCACUCAUUAUCAAGUCCCUAACCUAUGAGGAAAAGAGGGGGGCAUGCAGUGUUGGUUCCAAUGUGCGUGAUGCUGCAUGCUAUGUGUGCUGGUCUUUCGCCAGGGCUUAUGAACCGAAGGAGCUCAAUCCUUUUGUCACUCAGAUUGCCAGUGCUUUGCUGGUCACAGCUGUGUUCGACCGAAAUGUCAGCUGCCGAAAAGCUGCUUCUGCUGCCUUCCAGGAGAAUGUUGGCAGACAGGGGACAUUUCCUUACGGUAUUGACAUCGUAACAGCAGCAGACUACUACGCUGUUGGGAAUCUCAACAACUGCUAUCUGAACAUUAGUGUUUACAUAGCUAGUUUCCCAGAGUACACCAAAGCGAUGAUAGACCAUUUAAUAACCAUGAAGAUCAACCACUGGGAUGGUGUGAUCCGAGAGCUCGCCACUAAAGCACUCCACAACCUGACGCCUCAAGCACCCGAUUAUAUGGCAACAACAGUUUUGCCACAGCUGCUACCAGUGGCGGUGGGCAUUGACCUCCAUGGUCGCCAUGGAGCCAUCCUGGCGUGUGCAGAGAUCACACACGCUCUGUACAAACUGGGCUUUCAGACCAACAGGCCUGUGGUGGACAUAAUAUCUUCAGAAUGUGUGGAUGCAUUAAAAAACAUCCACCAGACGCUACAUGACAGGAAACAGUACCGGGGUUUUGGUGGAGAACUAAUGAGGCCAGCAAUGUGUAGUCUCAUAGAAAAGCUGUCCAUCUCCAAAAUGCCUUUUAAGAACGACCCUGUCAUCAACGGCUGGCAGUGGCUUAUUGAUGACACCAUAAAAACUCUUCAUCUCGUUUCUCAUGGAGCUAAGGAUGCCAUUAUGGUUGCAGUGGUGUCAGCCUUGUGCGCCUUGUGUGAGGAGUACUACCAGACCCAGCCAGGCCAGGCUGAUGCACAAAUACAAGAGGUCUUGGUGUCUCAGUAUAUCGAAGGUCUGAAGAGUCCACAGUUACUCACUCGUAGUGGAUCUGCCCUUGCUCUCGGCUGUCUGCCAAGAUUUAUGAUCCAUACCAAAAUGAAGCAGAUCUUAGAAGGCCUCCAGCAGAUGUGCACUGUCAGCCAGAAAGAAGGGAGUUUUACAGAGGCCAGGAGAGAUGCAGUCCGAGCAGUUGCCCAAGUGUGUGUAAAGGCAGGUGCUUGUGCCCAAGGCUCCCCGGACUCUACUUUGUGCUCAGAGAACAUAGCUGAGGUGUACGGCACCCUGCUCAAAAGCAUGAACGACUACACAAAAGACAGCAGAGGGGACGUUGGGGCCUGGGUGAGGGAAGCAGCAAUGGCCAGUCUGAUGGAUGUGACUAUGCUGGUCGCCAGCAGUGCUCCAGAGAUUCUUUCACCAGAAAUGGUGAAGAGUAUGAUGUGUUGCCUGGCCCAGCUGGCAGCAGAGAAAAUUGACCGCUACAGGGCCUGUGCUGGUAACACUUUCCUGCGCCUCCUCCACAGCACAGAGCCUGCAGUACCGCACAUCCCCCACCAAGAAGAGCUGUUGAGCAUUUUUCCAGUUGAAACCACAACUAGUCUGAACUGGAAUGCUUCAUCCCAAGCUUUCCAGUAUAUCACCCAGCUGCUGGGACUGACUCAGUAUCAGUACCACACCCUGCUGGGGCUCACUGUGUCCGUGGGAGACAUUACAGAGUCCACAGUGCAUUUUUCUUCCCAGUCUCUGUUUGACUAUUUGAAAGGGAUCCAGAAUAACAAUACUGCUCUGACACAGUUUGGAGAUACAUUGCUGAGCAUCUUCAGAGACAAUCUCCGCAACGACAGGGUGGUUGUUCCUUUUCUUAAGAUGCUCAAUCAGAUCCUCGCCAACAGCUGCUUUGAAAGUUUCACCACACAAGAGAAUCAUCAGUUCUGUGUGGAUCUUUUGGAUCUUUGCAAAGAGUUCAAGAAGUCCAGAGAUAUUUCCAAGCUGCGUGCUUGUAUAGCUGUCUUCUGUGGGCUGAUCCAGUUCCAGGGUGAGGUGAGGAAACAAGUUUUAUCCCAGCUGCUUAUGCUACUCUGCAACCCUUUCCCUGUGAUAAGAAAGACGACGGCCAGCCAGAUGUACGAGAUGCUGCUAACCUAUGAUGAUGUCAUUGAUUCAGAGGUGCUAGAUGACGCCAUGACCCUGCUAAGCGAUGUUAAUUGGGAAAGUGACCUGACCACAGUACGGGUUCACAGGAAUCAGCUUUGUGAUUGGCUGGGAGUACCGAGGCCACAGCUGGUUACCAAGCUGAGCCCUGUUCCAGUUUCCUGAACACCAGCAGGAAACGACACAGGAGGACAAAAUCUUAUAGAAAAUGAAGAAUGGAGUGUGAGCGCCACUCUCCUGAAGCUGUGCUUUAUCAGUUGAUUGGUUCAUCUGCCAAAACAGUAUGAAUCACAGUCGGACUGUUUAAUAAACUGACUAAAGCGUCGGUUAUUUCCCCUGCUUUGUUCUUCUUAUUACAGUGUUCUUGUUCUCCAUUUUUUUGACGUGCUCCAAAUAAAAUCUCUUCUUAGCGCAAUGCCAAUCACUUGUGCUCACUUUAUUAACAAGCAAGCAGUAAGCAGUAUAAAAACAAAAGGAAUUACAGUGGGAAACCGUGGAUGAGUAAGGGAUUACAGAAUGCAUGUAA